AGAGAACCCCAACCAAUUGCACCACGACCGGAUGGAAGAGCCCAGCUGACACAACCAAGACGAGUCUCAGUGUCUAGGGAAGCUUGGGGUUCUGCUCCUUUUACUUCAGGCGAACCUGAACUUUAAUGCAAUUUUGAAGCAUGCCCUGAAUAGAUUCAGUCAUUAUCAAGUCAAACUAAAAACGGUGAAAGGUUGCGACUAUUACCAAAUAGGAAAAAUCUGAAGACAUAAGAACUACACAUGAGGAAUAUGUCAUUUAGCACUUUCACUUUUUGAUCUCCACAGAAGACAAUGAGAAGUCAUACCAUAACAAUGACGACAACUUCAGUCAGCAGCUGGCCUUACUCCUCCCACAGAAUGCGCUUUAUAACCAAUCAUAGCGACCAACCGCCACAAAACUUCUCAGCAACACCAAAUGUUACUACCUGUCCCAUGGAUGAAAAAUUGCUAUCUACUGUGUUAACAACAUCCUACUCUGUUAUUUUCAUCGUGGGACUGGUUGGGAACAUAAUCGCCCUCUAUGUAUUUCUGGGUAUUCACCGUAAAAGAAAUUCCAUUCAAAUUUAUCUACUUAACGUAGCCAUUGCAGACCUCCUACUCAUCUUCUGCCUCCCUUUCCGAAUAAUGUAUCAUAUUAACCAAAACAAGUGGACACUAGGUGUGAUUCUGUGCAAGGUUGUGGGAACACUAUUUUAUAUGAACAUGUACAUUAGCAUUAUUUUGCUUGGAUUCAUCAGUUUGGAUCGCUAUAUAAAAAUUAAUCGGUCUAUACAGCAACGGAAGGCAAUAACAACCAAACAAAGUAUUUAUGUCUGUUGUAUAGUAUGGAUGCUUGCUCUUGGUGGAUUCCUAACUAUGAUUAUUUUAACACUUAAGAAAGGAGGGCAUAAUUCCACAAUGUGUUUCCAUUACAGAGAUAAGCAUAACGCAAAAGGAGAAGCCAUUUUUAACUUCAUUCUUGUGGUAAUGUUCUGGCUAAUUUUCUUACUAAUAAUCCUUUCAUAUAUUAAGAUUGGGAAGAAUCUAUUGAGGAUUUCUAAAAGGAGGUCAAAAUUUCCUAAUUCUGGUAAAUAUGCCACUACAGCUCGUAACUCCUUUAUUGUACUUAUCAUUUUUACUAUAUGUUUUGUUCCCUAUCAUGCCUUUCGAUUCAUCUACAUUUCUUCACAGCUAAAUGUAUCAUCUUGCUACUGGAAAGAAAUUGUUCACAAAACCAAUGAGAUCAUGCUGGUUCUCUCAUCUUUCAAUAGUUGCUUAGAUCCAGUCAUGUAUUUCCUGAUGUCCAGUAACAUUCGCAAAAUAAUGUGCCAACUUCUUUUUAGACGAUUUCAAGGUGAACCAAGUAGGAGUGAAAGCACUUCAGAAUUUAAACCAGGAUACUCCCUGCAUGAUACAUCUGUGGCAGUGAAAAUACAGUCUAGUUCUAAAAGUACUUGAGGUAAACAUACUAAAAUGAAUUAUAUAAUGCAGCCUCUUAAUUCUUUGAAGAACUAAAAAAUUAGGAAACAAAGUUCUAGCAUUUACAAAACUCAGAUCUCAAAGCUCUGCUUGUAUUUGUGAUAUUUCAUUUGCUUAACUGUAAACCAUUUCAAGGUACUAUCUUUUAAAUCUGUAUGUAAAAUCUUUUCAAAAUACAUUUUUAAGCUAAUACUCUUAACAUAGAUUAUGAAGUUAAGUGAAAUUUAUGGCUCUAACAGCAAAAUAAUUAAAGUGCCAUAGUUUCUCAAGUGACUAAAGUAGUUAUUAAAAUCAAGCACUUGAUACUAAUUUGAAGUGUGUUUAAAAGUAAAUGAUUUGGGAACUGACAAUGUGUCAGAAAAUAUAUGUUCAUUUAUCAUUUUAAAAUCUUGUAUAAUUUGCCACUGUAUUCAUUUAUGCCUAAAUCUCUAUAACAGAUGAAAAGAUAAUUAAUAAAAUCCUAAUUAAAAAAUGAGAUCACCCACUAUCUAUCACUGCUUAGAUAAAAAGGGAAAGAAUUUAAAUACUGUACAGUAAAAAUUAACAGAUAAGCUAACGAUUCAAUAGCCUAGCAAUAGGUCUUAAAACCACACCUUACUUAAAACAGGUUUAUAAACAAUAGGGUCAUUUCAGCCACAGUUUGAUAAAGUAACAUUGAACAUGCAUAUUCUGUGAUCCAGCAAGUCAUCUACAAGGUAUACAUCUUACAGAAUCACUCAAAUACGUACACAAGAAACAUGUAAUGAUGCUUAGUGAACUAACAUUCAUAAUACGAAACAACUGGAAAUAAGUACAUAACAGCAAAGGCAUGGAGAAGUGAACUGGUUUACUCACGAAAUGGAAUAUCAUGUAGCGAUGCAAUGAAAUGAACUACACUCACAUGCAUCAACACGGGUAUAUCUCAAAUAUAAUGUUGAGUAAAAAAACCCCACAAAAUUGCAAAAGGGUAUGUACUGCAUGAAAUCAUUUAUGUAAAAUAUAAAAACAUAAAACAAUACCACAUUCUUUUUUUUUUUUUGAGACAGAGUUUCACUCUUAUUGCCCAGGCUGGAGUGCAGUGGCGUGAUCUUGGCUCACUGCAACCUCCACCUCCCAGGUUCAAGCAAUUCUCCUGUCUCAGCCUCCCGAGUAGCUGGGAUUACAGGCGCAUGCCACCACGCCCGGCUACUUUUUGGAUUUUUAGUAGAGACGGGGUUUCAUAUGUUGGCCAGGCUGGUCUCGAACUCCUGACCUCAGGGUGAUCCACCUGCCUCAGCCUCCCAAAGUGCUGGGAUUACAGGCGUGAGCCACCGCGCCUGGUAGAAAACAAUACCACAUUCUUAUGGAUCAAUACAUAUACAAUAAAGAUACAAAACAUGUAUGGUAAUAUAUACAAGAUACAUACCAACUUAAAGUUAAUGGUUAUAUCUGGAGAAAUUUGAAGCAAAUAUGGCAAAAUGUUAAUGUCUUAAAUCUAGGUAGUAGGCACGUGAUUAUAUUAUUUUUGGUAAACUCCUGGGUAUUUGAAAUACUUUACAAGAAUAAAAACCUGCAAAUUAGAAUUAAAAGGAGCAAACUCUGCAAUUUUCAUGUACAUUAAAAAAUAACAGGACAGCAAGCUCUAAAAGAAAGCGGUCUUAGUCUUGUUCGUCAUUGCCUCCCUGGAGCUUAGUACGUUUCUUGGCUAUAGGAGAUCAAUACACAUUUGUUGAAUAAUUAAGAAGAAUGGACGGAUGAAUAAGAUAGGGAGAAAGGGAAGGAAGGGGUGCUUACAAGAAAAAAAGUUGGGAGUAAUUAGCUUUUUUCCUAGUCCAUUUGAAUAUAGCUGUAUAGAACACCAUACAGUUGCAAUCUAGUGGGUGUCAUUAGGCAAACAUUCUUGCAAGUUUGGCCAGCAUUUGUCCAGUUCUUUGGUCAUACACAGAACCUGAAUGUUAUUGACUGAAUUUAUGUAAAAGCAUCUUAGGACAAACUCCAAGGACUCAUCUGAAAGUUUCUAUCAUGGUGUAUAAAAUUUUUUUAAAGUCAGAAUACUUCUUAAAACUUAAGGUAGGCCAUUGGCUGAGAAAUCAAUGUGAAUGACCAUGAAGAUUUUGAUCAGAACUGAGUUUAUUUUAAUGAGAUUUGGCUUGUAUACAGUGCUCAGUUAACUAUAUAUAGAUAUAUUUUUUGAGAUGGAGUCUCACUCUGUUGCCCAGGUUGGAGUACAGUGGCGUGAUCUUAGCUCACUGCAACCUCUGCCUCCCGGGUUCAAGUGAUUCUCCUGCUUCAGCCUCCCAGGUAGCUAGGAUUACAGGUGCCCGCCACCAUGACCGGCUGUUUUGUAUUUUUAGUAGAGAUGGGAUUUCACCAUGUUGGCCAGGCUGGUCUCGAACUCCUGACCUCAGGUGAUCCACCCACCUUGGCCUCCCAAAGUGCUGGGAUUAUAGGCAUGAGCCACCGCGCCCGGCCAGUUAACUAUAUUUCAAUAAGUGCCCACAAAUAUAAUUAACUGAAUAAAGAAUAAGUCAAAGCAAAAGUAUAUUUUAAAAAUAAGUAAUAUUUGAGGAUAAAUACUGAAAUUUGCAGAAAAAUUAGAGGGUCAGAAAAAGGUGACAAAAUUAUAUUAAUUACUUUGCCCUGACAAUGUUAACACAUACCAUCUAAAUGAAAUUUAGCAUUUCUGUUUGUAUGGUUUUAAGUUAUGAAAACUUCUAUUUUCCUUCAUGUCCUCAAACUUAAAAAUUUAUUUUACAUUACUGGUAAACAUCUUACAUAUCUCAUUGUAUACAGUUUGGUGAAAUUAUAUUAUCAAUUAUUAUCACUUUUAAGGAACAUUAAAAUGAAUAUAAAUA